AUGAAGGAAGGGAAGAGACCUGGGAUGAUGAAUGAUGUUUUCGAGAUCACUCGCCAGAACAAGACGGAAGCGGAAGAACAAACGGAAAUGAACAACACCCUGCAUCUGGAUUCUGGAUCCCAUGGGCACAGACAACAUUCGGGACGCGACUUCAUCCCAAGUCUAAGAGUCCACGAGUCUUUCCAAGUCGCAGCCGGGCUCACAUGUAAGAUGUGGAACAUCGAGAGCAUUGAGGGAGCGACAAGAAGUGGUAUCCUGCUGGAUCAUCGGUGGCAUUUGGCUUCUGGCAUUGCUGAAGAACAAGAUUGA